GGCCUGACUUCAAAAAUGUUACCUGCGCAGGACAGAGGACUGUGUGGGGAACUUGGCCAGAAUUGGUCAGGAUGUUUCAAAUUUUACAAAAGAUGCCGAAAAUGUCAGGAUUACCUGUCUGAAGACUGUCCUGAUGUCCCUGAACUCCACAUGGAAUUGGAUGAGGCCCUUAGAUUGGUCAACGUAUCCAAUCAGCAAUACACCCAGAUUCUCCAGAUGACCCAGCAGCACAUGGAGGACACGUCAUAUCUGAUGGGGAAGAUGCGAGAGCAGUUCGGUUGGGUGUCUGCACUGGCAAAUCUGGCUCCAGGAACGGAGAACGUCAGCAGUUCAACAAAGGUAGUUCCAAGUAUUGGUGAAGGAAAUGUUUCCAUACAAGAUGAAACAAUGAGAGACUUAAGCAUUCUGCCUUCCUCUAAUUUCACGUUCAAGAUUCCUCUUGAAGAAAGUUCUGAGAGUCCUGACUUCAUUGGCUACAUGGUGGCAUAAGGUCUACAGCAUUUUAAGGAGCAUUCCAAAACUUGAUUGCACGAACACGUGGGGCUCGUCCGCGCUUCCCCGGCUUAGAGAACUUUGCAACGAGAGCGGCCCUUCUCGGCCAAGGCA